GCCUGGGCAUUCAUACUGGUGCAACACCAAUCCAACGUUGCCUUGGUAACAGAAACCCUGACUGUUAUUGGUCAGUAUAUCAGCUGGAUUGACACCGGAUUGAUCGUCAACGAUCGGUUUAUUCCGCUGAUCUUUCAGUUCCUGAGCAUCCCUGACCUUCGCAUAGCUGCGUGUCACUGUGUGGGGUGUUUGGUGAUCAAAGGCAUGAACCCCGAUGAGAAGGUUGAGCUGGUGCAGACACUGGGCUUGUUUGAGACUAUAUCCAGACUGGCACAACAGGUACAUCGGAUUGCAACUGGGUACAUAGUUGUGUGCCGUUUCGUUAUUUCACACGAUGAUGUUUCUUGA